GGGCGUUUGUUCCUUAGGAUUCACCGAGUGGCUUCAUGUGACAGACUGAUUUUCUGCUCCACACUGUAACAUCGACACAAAGGAUUCGUUGCUCAUCCGUUCACCCGUUCAGUCAUUCAUUCUGAGGAGCCGACAUGUCUGUGAGGGUCUGCAGGAUCAUUGUUCAGCUGCUGUCAGCUGUGUUGCUGAUGCCGUCGUGGUACAUUAAGGGUCUUCAGGUCAGCGUGUCUCCCAGACGACCUCUGUUUAGACUGGGGGAGCGUCAGCAGCUGGUCUGCUCUGUUCGUGACUGUCCCACGACACCGAGCAUCUCCUGGUCCCAGCUUGGAGACCAACCGCUCACCACCCCUAUCAGCACCAACUGGACCCAAUCUGUGAUGACCUUUGACCCUGUGACGAUGGAACAUGAAGGAGCUCUGCUCUGUAAAGUCAAAUGUGAAGAAGAAACUAGGCAGAUCAGAACCUCUGUGGAGGUUUAUGACUUCCCAUCCGGACCAGUGAUCACGGGUCAGGACAACCUGAGAUUGGGGAAGGAGUCUGCCCUCACCUGCAAGGUGUCUGACCUUUACCCAGCAGAACGACUGAGCCUCACGUGGUUUAGGGAACACACAGCCCUGCAGAGGACUCAGGGUGAACAUGGAUCGAGCUCAGUCCAGUCUGAAUACAAGUUCACCCCUAUGAACCAGGACUCAGGAGAACUUAUCAGCUGCAGGGCCACAUUGGAGCUACCGGACCUGCCAGCUGAGAACAGGACCAUGGAAACUAGCGUCCCACUGAUCCUGCUCUAUGCUCCUGUUAUUACGUCGGUCUCAGGCUCUGUCAUUAUGGCCUCCGACUCCCCACUUACACUCACCUGUUUAGUGGACGGAAACCCUGAGCCCAGCGUCACUUGGAGUUUCAGGGCCGCUGACGGCCGCUCUCUGCUGCGGGGCAGAGGACAUCAGCUCGUCUUGCCAGCGGUGAGUCUUUCCGAUGCAGGAAGGUAUGAGUGUGAAGCCCAAAACCCUGAAGGAAACCAGACGGCGGCUGUGGACGUCACUGUCCAAGCUCCGCCCAGAAACACCUUGCUGUCAGUGAGUCCAGGUGAAGAGGUGGUGGAGGGUCAACAGGUGACGUUCACCUGUCACUCUGAUGGAGCCCCACCCCCCACGCUUCUGCUGAAGAAGGGGGCGGAACUUCGUGUGGUAGACUCCACCUCCUCCUCCUCACUCUCCUUCAGCUUGUCCUCGGUCCAGCUGGAAGACUCAGACCAGUACCAGUGUGAAGCCUCCAAUCAGUUUGGAUCUCAGCUGGUGUCCAGCUCCAUCAGAGUCAGAGCUCACCCUUUGCAGGUUGAGGUGAGUCCGCUGGUGUCGCACAUAGAGAAGGGUGUGGGUCUGAUCUUGACCUGCAGAGCCUCCAGCUGGGUCCACCCGCCAGUUCUAACCUGGAGGAGGAUGAACCAGAACCACACUGUUCUACAGAGGGCACAGCCGCCGGAUGGACUGUCCCAGCUUCACCUGCAUAGCCUGGACAUCCAGGAUCAAGCAGGGUUUAUCUGUGAGGCAGAAUGUGACUCCAUCAUCAGGACUGGAACCGCCCAAGUGUACAUCUACUCGCUUCCUUCUGAUCCAGUGCUGAAGGAUCCGGAUCCUGUCCUGCUGGGUCAGGUGGCGGUCCUUCACUGUUGUGUCAUUAAUAUCUUCUCCGCCAAUCAGCUGAGGAUCCGCUGGGUGUCUGGGAACACAUCACUCAUGGUAGAGACCUUCGAGCCCUCCAGUUCUUUACAGAAUUUCUCAUCUGUUCUUCACCACCGGAUCCAGGAGGAACAAGAGGUUCUGACCUGCUCUGCUGAGCUGCUGAUGGAGGACGGAUCUGUGUGGAGGACUAGAAAGACAAGUGUCCCCCUGAAAAUCCAGUAUUCCCCAAGGAGAACCAUGCUGUCAGUGAGUCCAGGUGAGGAGGUGGUGGAGGGUCAACAAGUGACAUUCACCUGUCACUCUGAUGGAGCCCCGCCCCCCACACUACUGCUGAAGAAGGGGGCGGAACGUCAUGUGGUAGACUCCACCUCCUCCCCCUCGCUCUCCUUCAGCUUGUCCUCGGCCCAGCUAGAAGACUCAGACCAGUACCAGUGUGAGGCCUCCAACCAGUUUGGAUCUCAGCUGGUGUCCAGCUCCAUCAGAGUCAAAGCUCCUCCGAGGAACACCACGGUUCUGGUUCUGCCCUCUGCUGUGGUCCAGGAAGGACAGGAUGUCACCAUUUGCUGUCACGCUGUCAGCUUCCCACCCUCCGCCGUGAUCCUGAAGAAACUGGCCAACGGGAAAGAACAGUUUUCUUCUAACGGUACCUUCCUGUUGGUCAAUGUCACUGCCAGAGACUCUGGGCUGUACCAGGUCAACGUGACCAAUGAGCUCGGCUACCAGCUCAGAGUCUUCAGCCUCAGUGUCAGAGAGCGGAGCAGCAGCGUUCCUCCCAGGCUCAUUGUGGUACCGGCCGCCUGCGGCGCUGCCGGCCUCGCGGCCGCCGUGCUGUUGCUUGAAUACCUGAGGAGGUCCAGAAAGAAAGGCUUCUACCAGCUGCCGCAGUCCACUCCGCCCUCGGCCUGAGCCCCCCCCGGAUGAAUGGCACCGUGCCACGUGGCUGCUGCCCCAGGAUGCGGCUCCCAGACUUCAACAUGUGGCUGCUAACUCUGUCUUGCAGCUUCUCAGUGUCAUGCUGACUGUGUGAACAUCUGGGUUUAACAUCCCAGAAUCUGUAAGACGUGGCUACAGGGGUUCAGCAUGUGCAUUCAUGAUUCAGUACCACAGCUCAGCCUGUGUCAUGGUCCAGUAGCACAGCCCAACCUGUUCCCACUGAACAUGUAGAAGUUGUUGCCAUGUUCUAGACUGAUGCUUUCAAAUGUUUGAUGUGUGGCUCCGUGUAGAACCUACAUGACAACACCACCUGCAUCCAGCCCAGGCCCUGAUGUAACUAGUCAUAAAUGUUUUUUCUGCGCUUCUGUUGAAUAGUGUCUGUUAAAGAUAUUUAUUUCUUCUCUCUUGAUGCCUGAUUAAAUUUCACAAGGCCCAUUU